UUGAAUUUAUGUCAUUUCAGUGCUGAUAUCACAACUGUUCCGGUGGUUUGCAGCCCUGUAAAUAAUCAAGCGUCAUCAGCAAUCAGCGCUCCAGCCACCGAGUACCAUCAAUUUCUCUCUACACCACUUCCUCAGGAACGUAAAAUCCACGGUUCCAGUGGUUGUUUAACAACAAAUACGCAUGCAUUUUGUCAAACAAAAUAUUUAAACCGAGCGAAUUCGUUAAAUUCGUUGAGGAAAUCGAAAAUCAGAACAUCAUCAUCACCGGCACCAUCGCUGUUACCAUCAUUACCAUUAACGCCAUCUGCAUCGUCGCUAUCAACAAACUUGUCAUCGUCAUCGUCGUCACUGUCACUACACAUUAAUGACAGUGAAUUAUCAGUAUCAGCUGCAGAAGAUGGCUAUCAUAAUUUGCUGCAAACUUCAUCCACCGAAUUUGAUGAUUUUUCAAGUGCUAAAAAUGAUCUCACUACUCCUGACCGUCGACUACCAGCUAGCCAGAUUGAGCAAGUCGGCGAUUUAUUCAGGUUGAUUUUGCAAAUGCUUGCUAGCCGGAUAACUGGCCAUGGCACCAAAUAA